AUGGCGACGUCCCCCGCUCUUGUCUCUCCCUCCCGGACCACUUGCGCCUCCCUCCGCCGCCAAUUGCAGGUCAUAUGGGAUGAAAUUGGAGAGGAGGAUGGGGAUAAGGACAUGAUGCUUCAGGAACUCGAGCAACAGUGCCUUGAUAUCUACCGUAGAAAGGUUGACUCCAGCAGAAAGCACAAAACUGAGUUGGCUCAGUCAUUGGCUGACGGAGAAACUGAAAUUGCAGACCUGGUUUCUGCUCUUGGGGAAACUGCCUCAUUUCCUCAGAGGGUAAAAGGCUCUUUGAAGCAGCAAUUAUCCGCCCUCAAACCUGCUUUGCAAGACUUGAGACAGAGGAAACAAGCACGAAUGAUCGAGUUUCAUGAGACUCAGUUACAGAUUGCUCAAAUCUGUGCUGAAAUUGAAGGAAAUUGA